AUGUCAGGGGAGUGUCGCGAUGCGUCCGCGCUCGAGCAAGUGCGGCAGAGGCGCUCGAACAAGUGCGCGAGCGGCUGCCGCGAGAGGGAUGCCCUGCGCUGGGCCACGCGCUCCCUUCGCCAGCCCAACCCAUUUCAAGGGGGAGCCGCGCCCCCCGCCCCUCUUUUGCCUUCGCCGCCGGUGCAGCAACAGCAGAAGCGCGGCGGCGUUUGGUUCCCGCCCCUCCAACCCUCUUCCACUCCACCGCCACAGCCAAUCCGGGCUGACCAUCCCAGCAGGAAAAGCAACUGCCAUGGAAACAGCAUCCGCGGCUACUCCUCUGAGGUGCAGCAACUGGCCCAGAAGUCCGCCUCGCUGGAGCUGCAGUCACGGGAGGAGAAGGACGCCGAGCUGGACAAGCGCAUCCAGGCGCUGCGGCGCAAGAACCAGGCGCUCAUCCGUCGCUACCAGGAGAUCGAGGAGGACCGGCGCAAGGCCGAGCGGGAGGGCGUCGCGGUGACCGGGGCGCGGAAGGCCCGCUCGGCGGAGGCGGGCAGGCAGCCCGAGAGGCGGCGAGCGGAGCCGGAGGCCGCCAGGGUCCAGCCGGCGCCCGAGGAGUGGGAGGAGCGGCGGCGGCGGAACAUCGAGCAGAUGAACGAGGAGAUGGAGAAGAUCGCCGAGUACGAGCGCGGGCAGCGGGACGGGCUGCAAGAGAAGAACCCAGUCCGCAACUUCCUGGACGACCCGCGCCGCAGUGGCGCCUUCUCCGAGGCCGGCCGGCGGGAGGGCAGCCGCCGCCACGUUCGGAACUGGGGCGGCGCCGACUUUGAUAAGGUCAAGACGGGCCUAGAGCCAGGCAAAGAGCCGCCCUCUCUGGGCCGGGGCAGUGGUCGGUGCAGGGGCCCGAAGACGACCUUGGAUAUGACGCUUUCCAUGACUGGCCGCGAACGGGCUGAGUAUACUCGCUGGAAGCAGGAACGGGAGCAGAUUGACCGGGAUCGCUUGGCCCGGCACCGCCAGCCCACUGGGGAGUGGCGCAGAGAAUGGGAUGCCGAGAAGACAGAUCCCGCGCUGAAAGAAGGCAAGGGGCCUCGAGGCUCAUCGACUGACAAGCAGGAGCCCUCCAAGUACCCUCCCAAACUACCCACUUUUGGGGAAUUCAUGGUUGGUCAGCCUGGGGACCGGCACCGGAAGAUUCGAGGCCGUGGGCACCCCCGAGGGAGUCCUCCCAAGUCCUACAGCAUGCACGACAACCGGUGGGAAAAGGAGGAAGCAGACGGGACGUUGCCUGCAUCUGCGGGGGAGGAUAAGGCAGAGGCUGCCCCUGUGCCACAGACAGAGCCACAAAUAGCCGCAGCGACAGAAGAGGAUGAGGAAGAGGAUGAGUGGGAGGACGUCAGCGAGGAGGAGGAGGAGGAGGAGGAAGGAGCUGAAGCCAACAGCAGCCAGGAUUCUUCCUCGGAGGAAGAUGGGCCUCAUCCCUCCUGCUCCCCCCUGCCCCAGAGGCAGCCCAGACAGCAGCCCACCGUUCGGUCUGCUUCACCUGAAGAGGCUGCAGCCAUGGAGGGGGCGCCCCUGACCCCCUUGGAGCCAGCAGAGGGAUAUGAGCCUGUGUCUGACUGGGGGGAAGAGAUGGAGAUGUGUUCCCCCCGAGCCAGCCACAGCAGCCAAAGCCCGUUGGCUGCGCCCAGGGAGGAACUGCCUGCUGGGACUGCUGGAAUGGGUCCCCCAGUACCACUGGCAGUGCAGGGAUCCCUUCCUGUGGACUCCCCAGCAGGAGGGUCAGCCUCUGCUGCACCCAGAGCGUCGGAGGCAGAGAUAAAAAUGGAUGCAGAAGUGCCCGAGCCCAAGGAGGUGGCUACCCGAGCAAGGUGGAAGAUGGGGGAGCACUUGGAGAGUGAGGCACCAGAGGCUGCACCCUGAUGGUUCUUUUCCAGGGCCGCUUGGAAUGCAGCCCACCUUGAACUUGAGCCAGACCAUCAUCUUCCUCAGAGCUGCUGGGUACAGUUGUGACACGCACAUGCGCUCUGCAUGUUUCUGCCACUCUUGAACAGUCUCUAGAGUUUGGGCUAAGCCAGUCGGCUGGUCCCCCCCCUCCCCAAUCACCCUUUAGUGCUCUUAACACGCAAAUCAUAGAUAAGUGGGGCCUACAGCUCUGCUCCCAAACCUUCUGCAAUCUUCCUUGGAUGGGAAAGGUGGUUUCUUCUCUCCUGUGUCUAGGAGGAGUGACCUGGGCUCUGGGAGAGUGUGAGGCCCUUCCUGUCGCGGGGUUGAGAGCUUGGCUUCUCCAUUAUCAUAUACAAAGUAAAUAAUGUCUUGAUAAUAAA